AUGGCCCCUACAGCGAACAGCGUCCUUCCCAACGGCGAUGCUCGGGAAAGCUUUGGAAAUUUUGACUUGGUGAAGCGUCUGAAGCUCGACUUCACUGACGUCCAAGUAUCUAAGUGGAAGAGCAGAGAGACCGGCCUAUCUGUUGUCCACCUCGAUUAUGAAGCACCGAUCGUAAACGGGUAUUUCGUGAUCGCCACCGAAAUAUUCGAUGAUACCGGAUGUCCGCACACGUUGGAGCAUCUAGUGUUCAUGGGGUCAGAAAAGUAUCCUUACAAGGGCAUCAUCGACCAUCUUGCGAAUCGCGGCUAUUCGAAUGGCACGAACGCGUGGACUGACACCGACCACACUGCAUAUACAGUUUCGACUGCAGGAGAACAGGGGUUUUUGCAAAUUUUGCCGGUAUACGUGGACCACAUCCUGUACCCCACGCUGACCAAAGCUGGCUUUGUGACUGAGGUCCAUCAUAUUGACGGCAAGGGCGAGGACUCCGGCGUGGUUUAUAGCGAGAUGCAAGGCCGGGAGAACACCUCGCAGGACCUGAUGGCUCUCCAAUUGCAGCGCUUGGUGAAUCCACCAGGUAGCGCAUAUAGGAGUGAGACUGGCGGUCUAAUGAACGCUCUGCGAGACCUAACGGUAGAGCAAAUCAGGGACUACCAUCACAAGUACUACGUCCCGCAUAACCUGUCGCUCAUUGUCAGCGGAAAACUUGCUUCCGGUACAGAGUCCCUACUGAAAGUGAUCCAAGAGAAAGUCGAGCCAGGAAUUAUUAAGCACGGUCAGAACGAAGGCUUCAGGCCUGCAGGGUGGAAGCGUCCUUUCAUGGAGACGCCCAGCGCGAUCCGCGGGCCUAUUAAGGAAACGAAGACAACUACGGUUGAGUUCCCCGAGCAGGACGAGAGUGUAGGUGAGUUGUACAUGGGCUUCAUGGGUCCACCAGGGAACGCGUUCCUCGAGAGGAAGGCCCUCGACAUCAUGUCGACCUACCUUACAUCGUCGGCUGUCGCCCCGCUCAACAAGGAGUAUGUUGAGAUUGAAUCUCCGCUGUGCACAUACAUCUACUUCGGCGAAGACUCUAGGGCGACGUUGUGCGAUCUGCCCAUUUACAUCGGGUCGAUCCCUACCGAGAACCUUGAUUCGUUCCCCGAGAAGUUGAAGACCAGUUUGACUCGCAUCGCUGACGAGGGGAUCGAUAUGGAGCGAAUGGUUAUGGUCAUCAACCGGGACGAGCGCCAGCUUCGUAGCAAACUGGAAUCCUCGAAAGGGGAGACAUUCUCAGGCAACGUGAUCGGCGACUUCCUUUACGGUGCGGAAGACGGCUCUGAACUCAAGGCUUCCAUGGACGAGUUUGUUUAUUACGCCGAGCUCAGGAAGUGGACUAGCAAGCAGUGGACUGACCUGCUGCGACGAUAUUAUAUUGAUCCAGCCUGCGUCAUCGUGCGAGGAAGACCGUCGAGUGCAAUGGUCGAUAAGCUCAAGGAAGACGAGCGGGCCCGCAUCGCAGCUCAGAAGGAGCGACUGGGUCCCGAGGGCCUCGCCAAGGCCACUCAGGAGCUCGAAGAAGCGAAGAAGGAACACGAUACACCGAUCCCUCAAGAAAUCCUGACGUCGUUCCCUGUCCCUGACAUCAAGACCAUCUCUUUCAUCCAGGUACAGAGCCUACAGGAGGUCGGCACCGGCAAGGGUCGCAAGCGUACAGUGGAACAGCCCGGUACUACUGAACUUGCUCGACACGUGGAGAGCGACGGUCCAGAUCUGCCGUUUUUCGUGCAGUAUGAUCACGUCCAGUCUGACUUCGUCACAAUUGGCGCGUACUUCACCAUGGCCAAACUCCCGAAUAGGCUCCGGCCGUACAUGCAGACCUACCUCUCCGCAUUCUUCUCGCUGCCCAUCACGAGAAGCAGCGGAGAAAAGCUCACACACGAGGAAGUGGUCAACAAGCUUGACAAUGACACAGUAUCCUAUGAGGCUGCGUACGGCGUUUCGGGUGCAUUCCCAGAGAAUGUGCGCGUCUCUAUCAAGGUGGACAUCGGGAUGUACGAAGCCGCCAUCGCUUGGCUCAAGGACUUGAUCUACGGCAGUGUGUUCGACAAGGAACGACUUCAAAUCACCAUUGCUAAGAUCCAACAAAGCUUGCCUGAGAUGAAGCGGGACGGUGACACUGUACUCGGUUCGGUGUCUUCUGAGCUGCUCUUCGACGAAACCUCGGUUUCGCGGAUGACGAUGGCGCUCCCUCAGACUGAGUUCAUCCCUAAAUUGGCGGAGCUGCUGCAACAGUCUCCCGACGAGGUUGUGAAGGACUUCGAGGAGAUCAGACGGCAUCUGACGGACCCAUCCUGCGUGCGGUUCUCCGUCGCAGGCAAUGUCUUGUCCAUCAAGCAACCUCGCGGCCCAUGGGCGAAGUACUUCCAGCCUUUACUGCCUCCAAGCGAACUUCUUCCAGUCACGCUGUCCAAAGAUACUCUCAGCGAAGUUGGCAAGAAUCCAGUCAAGAAGGCUGUGGUUGUCAGUCUGCCUACCAUCGAGAGCUCCUAUACCUCCCAUGUCACGAAGGGCAUCCAAGGCUUCACGCACGAGGAACGUCCCGCAGUCGUAGUAGCCACCGAGGUGCUGAACGCGACUGAAAGUUAUCUCUGGCGAUACAUCCGUGGCUCGGGAUUGGCAUACGGAGCAACAGUCUCCGUGGAUCUAGAGGGCGGUCUUUUGAGCUUUUCAUUGUACAGGACUUCACAAUACAUGAAGGCCUAUGAACAAGCGAAGUCCGUUAUCGAAGGCCUCGUUGACGGCUCGAUCGCACUCGAAGAGACGACCCUGGACGCGGCGAAGAGUAGCAUCGUGUUCGGUGUGACGAGGGGUGUCUCGACGCCGGGGCGCGCGGCUGUAGCCUCUUUCCUGAAUCAAGCUUUCCGGGGCGUGCCCCAGAACUACAGCAUCGAACUUCUCGAACGCUACCGUUCCGUCACGAAGGCGGAUGUCCUCGCCGUACUGCGCAAGUACUUCCUGUCCCUCUUCGACCCUUCGUCAUCCAUCGCAAUCGUUGUCACUGCACCAGGGAAGGCCGCUGAGACAACAGAAGGCCUUACAAAGCUGGGAUUCGAAGUGGAGCAGCGGUCGUUGGAAGCGGAUGCAGACGAGUCUGAGAGCGGUAGCGAGGGCAGCGACUCUGACAUGAGUGGGUCGGAGAGCGGCAGCGAUAGGUAG